AUGCAUCCACAGUUGGGUUAUGUGCGUGUGAAAGUGGAGAAUGAGCUUUUCACUGUCGAGAAGCACGUGCUGAUUGAAAGCAGUGACUACUUCAGGGCUCUCUUUGCAUCAGGCAUGCGGGAGUGCACUCAGGAGGAGAUCCAGCUGCAUGAGCUAACAGCUCGUGGCUUUAACGUCAUGUUGGAAGUUCUAAAAGAGGAUCAACCUACUCUGGACAGUGACGGAAUUCUUGAUGCCAUUGAAUGUGCAGCCUUCCUACUAGUGAAGCCUCUGACGCGGCAUCUCAUUCAUACAAUCAAUUCAAAUAACUGCAUCCUGAUGCUCCAGGCCGCAGCCACGUUUGGGUUAAUUGACUUGGUUCAUGCUUCAGCCUUGUUUAUUAGGGAUGUUUACACAAAUAUAAGGCAAGAUUUGAGCUUCUUGCCUGAAGAUCAGUUGGAUUAUAUCGAAUCCCUAUCUCCUAGUACAUUUGUGGCCGUGGCCACUCACUUCCCUUCAGAGCACCACUUGGAUGACAUUUCUCGAACCAUUUGUUAUUUGGAUGAAACGGGAAAUCAUUGGACACCCUUGACUUUGUUACCAGAUAAAGCCAGCACGUCUCUCGCUGGCAUUGCUGUGCUCAACAACAAUAUCUACAUAGUCGGAGGGGUUGAUGGACUGAGCAAGCAGAUUGUAAAGCCUAGUUUUUGCUAUGAUACUGAAAGAAACAGCUGGAAUGAAUUUGCAAGCCUUCAGCAUCCUCGUUACAAUCUGACAUUGACAGGACAAGACGGUUGCUUGUUUGCCAUGGGAGGAAUGUGCAAGAAUAUAGUUCUUGCCACUGUCGAAAAGUACCAUGCGGCAUCUAACACAUGGUCCUUAGCUGCACAUCUGCCUCGCCCUGGAGCAGGUAUAGCCUGCGCCCGCACAAUGGGCAGGAUCUUUGUGUGCCUUUGGUUACCAUUGGACACCACGGAUAUCUACGAGUACAGGACCCAUAAAGACGACUGGCUGCUUGUAACCACUCUAAAACGCCAACAAAGCUAUGGCCAUUGCAUGGUUGCACACAAUGACAAUCUGUAUGUUAUGAGGAAUGGACCAGCAGAUGAUUUUUUGAGGUGCAUGAUCGAUUGCUUCAAUCUGACGAGGCAACAAUGGACUGCAUUGUCUGGUCAGUACGUGAACAGCAAAGGUGCACUUUUUACAGCAGCCGUCAGAGGGGACACAGUUUUUACAGUAAACCGAAUGUUAACUUUGAUUUAUAACAUCCAGGAAGAUAGAUGGAAGCCAGAAAAGGAAGGGGCCGGAUUUCCUCGAAGUGGUUCUAUGCACACUUUCUUACUGAGGCUGCCAAAGAACAGAUUGACUGCUCUAAAGCAAAACUAA